CCUCCACCCUCCAAAUCCUUUCCCCCGCCCCCCGACAAAGCGAACAACGAGGCACUCUAAACCCUUCUUAAACCCUAGCUCCUCCUUCUCCCCUGCCUCAAAGUACCCAGAACUCACUGUAUCAAUCCGGAUGCUGCAAAAUGUUACCUCACUACAAUUCCCUUCCUCGCCAUUCCAACCGAACUCACACAACUGGUAGCUUGGCUCCACCUCCUCACCAGAUGCAACCUCAAUUGGGUAUCAGGAAUCCCCAAAUUCCAGUCCAAUUUAGUAAUUCUAAUUCUAUGAUAGCUCAACCCAAUUUCAUGAAUCUACCAAACAACCCUCUUCCUAUGCAAAAUAACCAUCUGGGUGUGCCUCUAUUCGGUUCCAUUGGCCCUACAUCUCAACCGGGUCAGCAGAAUGUUGGGUUUUUCGGUUCGCAAGGUAUGCCUCAAUUCUGCAAUUUGGUGCAGCAAGUGAAUCAAUUGAUGUCAUCUCAAGUGCCUGGGCAAAUAUUUGGGCAUAACAUGUUAAAUUUACAGCAACAGAUGAACCAGAAUAUGGGUUUGCCGUAUGGACAGUUUUCUUUGCCGAAUUCAAUGCAAAACAUGAAUCAAUUUGUGCCAAUGCAAAUGCAAAAUCCAUCGCAAGUCCAUCCUAAUUAUGGUGUUCCGGGAUCAAAUCAAGCACCUCAGACCACAAUGUCUCAAAAUGUCCCAUUGUUUGCAAAUAACCAGGUUAAUCUGCAUUCUAAUCAGGCAGGCCAGCAAGUUAACCAAAAUCAGCAAAACUUGGGUCUACCUCCAGUGCAAGGGACACAGGGAAAUAAAACAAAUAGUAGUGGUGGUUACAAUUCAAAUUCCAAUUGGAAACAAUCACCAAGCAAAAGCGUUACAAAGAAUCCGAAGAAUCACCAAGGGGGAUUUCAGAAUCCUCAGUCGCAUCAUAUGAAAAAUGCAAAGGGAAAGUUCGCAUUUCCUAAUGGGCACAAAGGAAAAGGGUUGAGAAAUGAAAGCGAAGGAAAGUUUGCUCUGGCCAACUCUUCAAACCAGGGCAGGGAAAGGAAGAGACCUCUUUUCUUGUCAUAUACGGAACAAGAGAUUGAGCGGUGGCGGGAAGACCGUAGGAAGCACUACCCGUCGAAAUCCAACAUAGAGAAGAAGAUAAGUGAAAAGCAGAUAAAUUCAGAGGUCAUCGAAAGAGAGGCAAACAUUCGACGAGAGCAACUCAAGGAUAUUCUUACAAAGCAGGCUGAGUUGGGAGUUCAAGUUGCUGAAGUACCAUCGCACUACCUUGCAGAUUCAAAUCAAGGGCAUAUAAAGGAAGAUAAUGAAACAUUGACCAAGAAGGGGAGGUCAACAAACAAGUUUGGUAAGAGAGAAAAAUAUGAUAGAAAGGAUCGGUUUUCCAAGAGGCAAAGAUCACAUCAAAAGGAUUCGUCUAAUGACCCUUCUUUCAACAAAGGGAGCCAACAAAGGGAGCCAACCUUGCUGCAGAAGCUUCUUAGUGCAGAUAUUAGGAGAGACAGAAGCCACCUGCUGCAGGUGUUUAGGUUCAUGGUGACAAACUCUUUCUUCAAAGAUUGUCCUGACAAACCUUUGAAAUUCCCUACUGUAGCAGUAAAAGAAAGUGCCGGUGACGUAGAGGUGGCUCAAAAGCUGUCAUCACUUAUAGAGAAAGAUGCUUUUAAGGGAAGUGAUAAAUCCAUGGUUGGAAGAGUUUAUAACAAUCAUUCUGGAAAUAACAACGAUGUCGAGAAUUCUGUUGAUAGCAGUGAUAAAGAUGAUGGUGAAGGAGAGGGAACUGAGAGACCUGCGGAAGAAGAUGAGGAAAUCAUAGACUAGAAAUUCUACUUUUUGUACAAAAAUGUAUUAUAUUUGUCUUCCUAUCCUUUUCCUUGUGUUAAAUUCAUGAAUAUUAUAGCAAGUCAAAAGGCAUGUAAGAAAUAUUUAGAUCCUUAAUUUCUUAUGUAGCGGAAAUUAAAAGUUUUAUUAUUUUGUUA